AUGAUCCGCCACCACCUCCUCCUCCCCGCCUCGCCGAUCCCGGGCCGGCCUCGCUUCCGCCGCCGCCCGCCGCUCUCCGCCUGCCCCGCACAAACCCCGACCCAGACCGCGGCCCGCCGCCUCGCGCCGCUCGUCCUGCUGAUGGAUCCGGCCGCGCCAGCCCCCGCCCCCGCUCCCGCGGAUGCCGACGCCGAGGCCAACGGCGAGAGUGGCGGGUACGCGGACGACUGGGAGUUCGCGGACGCGGAAGCCGGGAGCGAGCCCGGGAUGACGCCGGGGCGCGACCAGCCGCGGGAGCUGCCCGAGGAGCUCGCCAGGGGCGUGGUCUGCCUCGAGUGCGUCACCUCGCCCGAGGCCUUGGAGGCCGGACAGGACCCUACCUGCCGCGUCUACCUCGUCGGCACCGCCCAUGUCUCGCAGGAAUCGUGCGAUCAAGUGAAAGCCGUCAUCGACUACCUGAAACCUCAGGUUGUUUUCUUGGAACUCUGUCAGAGCCGGAUUACCAUUCUGAAGCCACAAAACCUUCAGGUUCCUACCUUGAAUGAAAUGAUUGACAUGUGGAAGAACAAGAAGAUGAACACUUUCGGGAUUCUCUAUAGCUGGUUUCUUGCAAAGGUUGCUAGCCAGCUUGAUGUUUUACCUGGAGCUGAGUUUCGAGUGGGAUACGAGGAAGCAAUGAAAUAUGGCGGCAAAGUUGUCCUUGGAGAUCGCCCUGUCCAGAUCACUUUGAGGAGAACCUGGGGGAUGAUGUCAUUGUGGCACAGGACUAAAUUUCUGUACUACAUUAUUUUCCAAAGCUUAUUCUUACCGAGCCCUGAGGAUCUUAAUAAAAUGUUAAAGGAUAUGGAUGAUGUUGACAUGCUAACACUUGUUAUUCAAGAGAUGAGUAAGGCAUUUCCUAGUCUGAUGGAGACACUUCUACAUGAACGUGAUAUGUACAUGUCUUCCACAUUAUUGAAUGUAGCAAGGGAGCAUUCUUCAGUAGUGGCAGUUGUAGGAAAAGGGCAUGUUUCUGGAAUAAAGAAAAAUUGGCAGCAACCAAUUGAGGUGCAGAGCUUACUGGAAUUACCAGUGACUAGGCAAGGUCCUUCGAAGAUGAAAAUUCUGGCAUCUGUUGGAGCAAUAAGUGCAGUAAUAGCAUCUGGAAUCUAUAUAUGGGGUAAAAAAUAACAAUGUAUGCAUCAAUGUGUCAAGUGUUCUGUCUGGCAUGUUUAGUCUCAGAAGAAAAUAUUAGUUCGUACUUAUAGGUGUCCAUCUAUACAAUAGGUGUAAUUUCUGAAACUGAAGUUAAACAAAAGAAAGAACACUUUCACUGCA